UUGCCCAGCACUUCCCAUUCUGUUCGUGCUUGGCCAGGGUGGAGGCUGCCCUUCCUGCUCAUCCAUCCCCAGAACAAGAGUGCCCAUACAUCUGAGUCACGAUGGGCAAGAUGGACAACACCUCCGUGGAGCUCAGCUCUCCCUCUGACCUGAAGCAGGCAGCCCUGGAGGAGUCAGAGCCCAUCACCCCUGAGGCUGUGAGCACCAAGAAGAAGAAGGAGAUCCCAGACAGAGGUUCCUGGAAGGGAAGAUUUGAUUUCUUGCUGUCCUGCGUGGGCUAUGCUAUUGGGCUGGGCAACGUCUGGCGCUUCCCGUAUCUCUGUGGCAAGAACGGAGGAGGGGCCUUCCUCAUCCCAUAUUUCCUGACGCUGGUGUUUGCUGGGAUUCCUCUCUUCCUGCUAGAAACUGCUUUGGGCCAGUAUACCUCUGUCGGUGGAUUGGGAGUCUGGAAGUUAGCUCCCAUGUUUAAAGGAGUGGGACUGGCAGCUAUGAUUCUCUCCUUCUGGCUGAACAUCUACUACAUUGUCAUCAUUGCCUGGGCUCUCUACUAUCUCUUCAACUCUUUCACUGCGGACCUGCCGUGGCAGAGCUGUGGGAAUGCCUGGAACACCGAUCGCUGCUUCUCCAACUAUUCCCUGGGCGACACCACCAACCUCACCAGCGCUGUCACCGAGUUCUGGGAGAGGAACAUGCACCAGAUGUCUGGAGGCUUGGGGGAGCCCGGCACCAUCCGCUGGCCCCUGGCCGGCACACUGGCCCUGGCCUGGCUGAUGGUCUACUUCUCCAUCUGGAAGGGUGUGGAGUGGACAGGCAAGGUGGUGUAUUUCUCAGCCACCUACCCCUACUUCAUGCUUUUCAUCCUCUUCUUCCGGGGAGUCACACUGCCAGGAGCCAAGGAGGGGAUCCUCUUCUACCUCACACCCGACUUCAGAAAGCUCUCUGACUCUGAGGUCUGGAUGGAUGCAGCCACACAGAUCUUCUUCUCUUAUGGCCUGGGGUUGGGGUCUUUGAUCGCUCUGGGGAGCUACAACACUUUCCACAACAACGUCUACAGAGACUCCAUCAUUGUCUGCUGUAUAAACUCCACCACAAGCGUGUUUGCUGGGUUUGUUAUUUUCUCUAUUGUUGGCUUCAUGUCACACAUCACAAAGAAGUCAAUCUCAGAACUGGCCUCCUCUGGCCCUGGACUGGCUUUCCUCGCCUACCCACAGGUUGUCACACAGCUGCCCCUGUCCCCUCUCUGGUCUAUCCUCUUCUUCUCCAUGCUGAUGAUGUUGGGUCUGGAUAGUCAGUUCUGCACUGUGGAAGGGUUCAUUACAGCCCUGAUGGAUGAGUAUCCUCAUCUCCUGAGAGCCAGGAAGAAGGUCUUCAUUGCAAUAGUCUGUUUCAUCUCUUAUCUCAUUGGAUUCUCCAACAUCACCCAGGGUGGCAUUUAUGUCUUCAAGCUGUUUGAUUACUACUCUGCUAGUGGCAUGUGUCUUCUCUUUCUUGUCUUCUUUGAGACCAUCUCAAUUUCUUGGUGUUAUGGUGUGAACAGGUUUUACAGGAACAUUGAAGAAAUGAUUGGCUACAAACCUUGCAUGUGGUGGAAGAUCUGCUGGGCCUUCUUCACUCCUCUUGUCUGCCUGGGCGUGUUCUUCUUCAGUGUGGUGGAAAUGACCCCUCUGACACUGGGAAAAUAUGUCUAUCCUGUGUGGGGACAAGGCAUUGGCUGGCUUAUGGCUCUGUCCUCCAUGAUACUGAUUCCAGGAUACAUGCUGUACUGUUUCUUCACGUCAACAGGGACCCUCCGGCAGCGCUUGCAGCAGAUGACACAGCCCAGGCCAGAUGUGCAUGCUCAGAACAACGGCCUCCAGCCAAAGACGUCUUUGAAUGGGAGGAUCUCGGAUGCUGUUGUUUAGGAGAGCCCGGACCUCCUCACCCUGCCCUGUAGCUGCUCACGCCACGUUGUCCCUCCAGCUCCUCCGGCACAGCUUGCUGUCCCUGGCUCUGCAGUGGCUUUCGCUUCUCCAAGAGAGGACCUGGCAGAGGAACCUCUUGCUGCUCUUCCUUCCAGCCCGGCUUACCAAGGCCCUGCAGGACUGCCACCAGUGACCACCUCCUGCAGCAUCCUGGUCCAGGCUCUCACAGAGAAAUGGCUGGUUCCAAGGUCUUCCUCUUCCUGACAAGGAGAGCUUAGACUGAUUGUUGACCACUUGUAAACCUUUCCUUUGCCUUUCCUCAUGAACCUUCACAGAGCACCCCAUAGCACAGAGCUGUGCUGUCACCCCAGAGAGCCAGGUGACACCAGGUUCAAAUCCCAGAUGGUUAGUGAUUGAUCUAGCAUAAACCAGCACUAGCCAACGCAUAACUGGAGGGGAUGUGGCCCAAUGAGGGAUUCCAGUGAGGAGUCCAGCAUGCUGGUAGCUGUAGAGCUUCACCCCAAAAAUGGAGAAGGGCAUCAGGACAGUGUGUGCUGCUCAUAGGUGCUGUGUUUCACCCCUGCGUGGUCUCCAGA